AUGGUCGACCGCCCCAAGAAACCCACCGCUCUCGCGACGACUCCAGGUCUCCCGCCGCAAGCACAAGUGAACAUUACACACUCGCACUCGCGCGUUUCAGCUGUAUUGCCAACAGGCGAGAGCGCCGAGAUCUUGCUCUUUGGAGCAACAAUCAUCAGCUGGAAGGAUGGAGCUGGCCAGGAGAGAUUGUGGUUGAGUGAGGCAGCUAAGUUAGAUGGGACUAAAGCAGUCAGAGGUGGUGUGCCGUUAGUAUUCCCGGUUUUCGGAACAGCUCCCAAUCACGCAGCAACUGCCUCUCUUCCGCAACACGGUUUCGCACGAACAUCGCGCUGGGAAUUCCUCGGCAAGAGUACAUCUGAAUCAGCUAGCCUGUCUUCUUCCUCUGCCGGAGAUGAUAGCGUGAAACUUGACUUCGGACUCAGCGCCAGCAAUCUCAGCGAGCAGAGCAAGAAAGCAUGGCCGUACGCUUUCGGCCUGAUUUACAGCGUUACGCUGAGUCGGGAGGGUUUGACUACCAGUCUUGUAGUCCGCAAUGAGGGAGAGACCGCUUGGGACUUCCAGACUUUGAUGCAUACUUAUUUCAGAGUCAAGGACAUUUCUUCCGUCUCCGUAACAGGACUCGAAUCCUCCCCAUACAGCGACAAAGUGACACUCCGCGCUGAACCUUACACCUCCCCCACAUCUGCCGUUACCGUCGCGUCCAAGAUCGACCGUGUGUAUACCCCUGCCAAGGGCCCUUCAUCCGCCGUGGUUAUCUCCGAGGACGGCAAGAAGAAGUAUAGCAUUGUGCGAGAUAACCUGAACGAGGUCGUGGUCUGGAACCCAUGGAAGGAAGAUGCAGAGACCAUUAGCGAUUUCGCACCCAAAGACGGGUAUAAGGAGAUGAUCUGCGUCGAGGCUGGUGCAGUGAAGGGUUGGUUGACUCUUGAGCAGGGUGAGACCUGGGAAGGUGGACAAGUUAUUUUAGCUGCGAAUUAG